AUGCCCGGCCAGCAGCGCUCGCCGCCCCCCGUCGCCUGGGCGGGGGCCACUCCGGACGCGGCCUGGGGCCGCAUCCGCACGCCGUCCCCGGGGGCCCGCCCGUUGGCGCCGCACGCCCCGCCGGCGUGGUCGCAGGGCAUGGCCGAGAAGCUCCCGCAGAGGAUGGCGGCGGCGGCGCCGCCGCCGCCAGCGCCCGGGGCCCCCGCGGCGCGGCGCGAGCGGGCCCGCGCGCAGGGGCCCAAGACCGUCACGGCCAUGGCGAAGAAGAAGAGCGGCGCGGGGCCGGACUGCCUGAGCAUGCCGAGGGACUUCGCCGGGGUGCUCAGCGUCGGCUCAGUGGGCCACCCCUACACCUGCCAGGACGCCUGCAAGUAUGUGCGCAAGACCCGCGGGUGCAAGGACGGGGCGGACUGCAGUCACUGCCACGUGUGUGUCUGGAACCGCUACGAGGCGAGCCGGACGACGAGCAUGAAGCAACGAUCGGCCUUGCUUGCGUGUUGA